UCAAAAUAAUAUAAUAAGAAAGUCUUCUGAGUGUAUCUUAAUUUAAGACAACCAGCUUUUAACUUUCAUUUUGGUUUUUGAUUAAAAAGAUGGUCAACUCAAAAACUCAUCAUCAUCAUCAUUAAGAACAUAUACCAUAUAUUCUGAAUUUCAACAAGGUUUGCCAUUGUUGUGUAAGGUAUAGAACUUAAAACACAUAGAAAGAUGACAAGAAGAUGGUCCUUUUACAUGGAUUUUCUACCAAUUGUGGUGAUUGCAAGCAAUGAAUUCAGUGACGUGGCUUUAGUCAUUUUAUACAAAGCAGCCACACUUCAAGGGAUGAACAACUAUGUUUUUGUUGCCUAUGCUUAUGCUGUUGGUACUUCUGUUCUCCUUCCUAUCACCUUUUUCAAGAGACGAUCAAGAGUGGUUCCUCCACUCAGUUUUUCCAUAUUAUGCAAAAUUGUGCUUCUUGGGGCGAUAGGAUCUUCAUGUCAAAUUAUGGGGUACACUGCUAUUAGUUACAGUUCUCCAACACUUUCUGCAUCAAUUGGUAAUCUCAUACCUGCUUUCACUUUCAUCUUAGCUGUCACUUUCAGGAUGGAAAAGUUAGCUGCAAAGAGUAGAAGUAGUAAUGCUAAGGUAAUUGGAAGCAUAAUCUCAAUAGCAGGUGCUUUUGUGUUGACUUUCUACAAAGGACCAUCCAUCAUGAAUUCAUCUUUACUUCAUCAACCAGUUGACUUUCUCAAGUCAGAGGAUUCAAGUUGGGCUUUUGCUGGCAUUCUUCUAACAAUCGUCUAUUUGAUGUUUUCACUUUGGUACAUUUUAAUGGUGCAUAUCUUGAAAGAGUUCUCAGAUGAAGUAACUUUAGUCUUGUUAUACACCAUAACUGCUACCAUCAUAUCAACAGUUGUAGCAUUGUUAUCAGUUCCAAAUGCAAGUGCUUGGAAAAUAGGACUAAAUCUCUCACUCAUCUCUAUAGUUUCUUCUGGGAUUUUUGGAAAAUUAAUAAGCAGUAUAGUUUAUGCAUGGUCAUUGCGCUUAAAGGGAGCUGUCUAUGUAACAUCAUUCAAGCCACUCCAAAUUGUGUUUUCUGUUGCCUUGGCUGUUAUAUUCCUUGGUGAUACUCUUCAUGUUGGAAGUAUAAUUGGAGCCAUAAUCAUCUCAACAGGUCUUUAUGCUGUAAUGUGGGGCAAAUCAAGAGAAGAGAUAGAGGAAGAUGUUGGUAGCUCAGAGUCACCAUCUACAGAUAAUGCACCUCUAUUGCAAAGCUGUAGAAUUGAAACUUUUGAAAACAAAACAAAUGGAAAUGUUUAAAAAUAAGGUUAUCUAAUCUAAGGAAUUGUAAUGUAAGAUAGAUGCGCAGUAAAAAUAUGACAUUUUGAGCCAA